GACGGCUGCAUCAAGUCGCUCCAAACUAGGCUGCCACAGAUUAAUUCAUUUUCCCGCUUGGAUAAUACAAUAAUAUGCAGUUUUAGAAACCACCCGAUUAAAUUAUGUAACUCUGAUCUCCUGCUGAGACUUUGAUCACUGAGUGCAGGUCGAGGACGAUGGUGGAUUUUUUACGUCCAGAACCUCGCACCCACACUCUGGAAGUUAUUAGCCUGAAAUGAAAGAGGACUGAAACCUGCGCUACUCGCUUUAAAAAAGUAACUCGCACCGUUUCUCUCUGCAGCAUCAUGCAGAGCAACAGCAGCUCCUCCGGACCCCUGACCUCCCUGAGUGUGUGCGGAGGAGAAGAGGACGAGCGCGAAAUCUCCAAACUAGUCAGCCCCACGGGAUCAGCCUCCAACCUGGCGGCUUUUAACCUUUCACUGAACUGUUGGCUUCACAUCCUCUCCAAGGAGUCGUCGCUGGACCUGCACGGAGACAGCGCGAACCUGGCAGUGCGAGUUCUCAUUGCAAUGGUUUACCUGGUGGUGUGCGUCCUGGGGCUUGUGGGUAACUUUCUGGCACUCUUCCUACUCCACUCCCGCCGCAGAGGCCACCACCACUCCUCCAUCGACUGCUUUGUGAUGAGCCUGGCGCUGACAGACCUCCAGUUUGUUCUCACCCUGCCCUUCUGGGCUGUGGACACAGUGCUGGACUUCCGCUGGCCCUUCGGCCGGGUCAUGUGUAAGAUCGUGAGCUCGGUCACCACCCUCAACAUGUACGCCAGCGUCUUCUUCCUCACUGCUAUGAGCGUGACCCGCUACCGCUCCCUGGUUACCUCCCUGAAGAUGGACAGCCCUAGGAUCGCCACUGCUCGAGCCAAGUGGGCCAGUCUAGCCAUUUGGGUGGUGUCACUGGUGGCUACACUACCUCAUGCCCUCUACUCCACCACAGUCCAGGUAUCUGCUGAUGAUGAGCUGUGCUUAGUGCGGUUCUCCGACUAUGACUCAGGUCACUGGGAUCCCCAAGUCCUGCUUGGACUGUAUCAAACACAAAAAGUCCUCUUGGGGUUUGUGGUCCCCUUGAUUGUUAUCAGCGUGUGCUACCUCCUCCUCCUGAGGUUCAUCCUGAGCCGGCGCAUCGUAGGCACCACAGUCACCGGGGAUAUCACAGAGAGGUCAGAGUAUGAGAGGGGACGCCACCGCCGCCGCUCCAAAGUCACCCGCUCCGUCACCAUCGUAGUUCUGUCCUUUUUCAUCUGCUGGCUGCCCAACCAAGCCCUCACCCUGUGGGGGGUGUUGAUAAAAUUUGACAUGGUGCCCUUCAGCAAAGCCUUCUACAAUGCCCAGGCCUAUGCCUUCCCCCUGACUGUGUGUCUGGCUCAUGCAAACAGCUGCCUCAACCCUGUGCUCUACUGCCUGAUCCGACAGGAGUACAGAGCUGGACUGAAGGAGCUCCUGCUGAGAGUGUCUCACUCUAUCCAAAAUAUUCUCACUCUGGCUCUGAGAGGGAGACGAGUGGAAGAAGCUCCAUCCAGACUGGUUAUGAUACACAAAGACAUCAAUAUGUGAUUUACUUUGUUCGAGGAAAAGUCUGACAUUUUGGGAAAUGUGCUUAUCUACUAGCUGAGAGUUGUAUGAGUAGAUUGAUACCACUCUCAUGUCUGUACGUUAAAAAUGAUGCUACAUGCAGCAGCUGAUUAGCUUAGCUUAGCAUCAAGACAGGAAACAGCUAGCCUAGCUUUGUCCUAAGCUCAUAAAACCUCAUUGGAGUCACUGGUUUUUGUGCGGAUUGAACAAACAAGAACACAUGAGCUUCAGAGGUACUGAGAGGUUAAUUUUGUUAUCUUUGGAAAGUGCACUAGCUAUUCCCCUGUUUCCAGUCUUUGUGCUAAGCUAAGCUAACUGGCUGCUGGCUGUAGCUUCAUAUUUACCAUACAGACAGGAGAGUGGUAUCAAUAUUUCCAGCUUACUCUCACUGAGAAAGCCAGUAAGUAUAUUUCCCAAGAUAUCAAACUGUUCCUCUAAUACUAGAGGAAAGGCUCUUUUAUGAGUCAACUUGCCAUAUUUUAUUUGGUGCCACUUUUCAACCACAUUUCUGUCUGACACUGUCAUCACCUCUAUCUAAGUCUAUUUCACUGUUGCAGAUACACAUGAACAACUAUAUUUUAGCUUUAUCAUGUACUUUCAAGAAAAACUCAUCAAAUAUUCCACUGGAAGCAAUCUCACAGGUACUUUCUUGAAAAUGACCAAACCCUCCAAUCAGUCGGCUCAGAGUUUCGCUAUGAGCUGAUUUAUUCCCCACACAAUCAAGGAAAACACAGUGUAAAUGUUUUACUAGUUCAACCUGUAAAAUGAUUUUUGUAAUUUUCACCUCAAACACCUAGACAUGAAAUCGUGAGGACUGUAAGAUUGUAAUAUUUCCAUUAGGAUUGAUGUGUUUACUAUAUAUUUGUGUUAUUGAUGCUAACUCAGUCAGGACAUCAGAGUCUGCCACACUUGUUAUAUGCAGUAAAACUUAACUCCAGGAUAUCUGUCUGUCAGCGUAGGCAGUAUUUGAUAGCUAGCAUGAAACUGUUGGCCAUUUCCAUGUCUCUCUGUGCCUGCUGUGAAUUGUUUUGUGAAUACACGUAUGUGUUGUGACAUUAAAUAAAACAAAAGGACAAAAGAGUUUAACAGCGUCUCUGGAAAAUGAAUCUCCCCUGCAGCCACAAAACUGUGAAGAUGAGGAAAAUGAGUCACCUGCACAAAAGCUGCUCCAUGGUUUGCCCUUUUGCAACCUUUAAAGUCUGAACAUGGAUAACCAGCUUCAGCUGCCCACAGAUAGGGGCUGAUUUGAGCACACACUCCCACACCCUCCAAUGUGUGCCACUGUUAGUAAUUACUUCUACAAUCAGAAUCAUGGAUAUAUUCAGCAGGUCUCUGUGUGGGCGGCUCUGGUGCUGUUAAAAAGACAGUGGGUCACCAAGGGAACCUGCAUCUUCGGGCUGUGAAUGGAAAACAAUCAGAAGUGUGAUUUGAUUUCAGAGCUAGCAUUUAUCUGAAAUUUUGGGCCAGUUCUCCUGUUCAGAUUACUGCCCUGCUCUUUGCAGUUCACUGUGUUAUCAAAGAAAGCCCUCUGUCCCUGAGGCUGACAUCUGUUAUCAUUUUCUCUGAUUUACUGUGGCCCUUCAUAAUGUGACUGUUCUCAUUAAGCUCAAAACAACGAACAGAGCGGCGAUGGAGCAUCUACUCACAUCCUGAUGGCAUUUUCUAUUUUUGGAGUCAGUGAAAAAAAAAAAAACAAGCAACAUCUGACAGGUACAAGCAUUGCAGUCUUGUGUGUGCCCAGCUAUUCAUUUUCAAGGACAGGGAGCAAUUUCCCAGAGUCCCACUGAUGAAAACCACUUGAGGAAAUUCAUAGCAUGCUUUCAGAAAGUAGUCAGGACCCUUCCCUUUUGUCACAUUUUAUUUUGUUGUUGCAUUAUACUAGAAUAAGUAACAUAUUUCCCUCAUCUGCACUCAAUGCCCCAUGAUGUCAAAGCAAAAACGGUUAAAAGCUUCAAACAUUCAACCCUGGGCGGCACAGUGGUGCAGUGGUUAGCACUGUCACCUCACAGCAAGAAGGUUCUGGGUUUGAGACUCGGUUCACUGAUUGAGCUGAUUGAACAGAUUCUCAUACUUUUACAAAGAACCUCUAUCUUCAUCUGAAAGCUCAACUGAAUCUCACGGUCAGUCUUAACUUGAGUAGUCCAUAGCAUGAAGACCAAGAGUUACAGCUGAAAGCUCUUUAUUAUUUCCAUCAUAAGGAAAUUUCAGCUGCUUUGCACAGUCUUCAACAUGAAGAGCUUCCAGAUGCAUCUUCACAACCAUGAGUUUUAGCUGAACUCUCCUACUGAAAGCACAACCGCUUCUAAUGGCCUUUAACUUAAAGAGCUUUAAACUGCAUCUAACAGCCAAUCAUAACUAAAGAUCAACUUACUAACUUUUUUUCUGGAACAUUCAACUACAUCUCACGGCUUGUCAUGGCUCAUCAUGACAACUGUGAAUUGCUUAAAGCUCUGGCUGAAAGCUCAAUGCCUUAUCAUGGUCUUCACCAUAAAGAGUUUUAAACUGCACCAUCAUGAAGUCCAUCACAAAAGCUCUGGUUAAAAGCUUAACUGCACCUCAUGAGCUCUCUUUUAGUUUGCACAAUGAAGACAUGAUGAAGAGUUUUUAACCACUUCUCAUGGUAGUCAAAUUCUCUAGGUGUGUAACAUUAUAUUAGCACCUAUAACUUGACAAUCAAACCCCUUCUUUCUCAGUUUAAUGUGUUUUUUUAAUCUUUAGUUUAGAUCAGAUAAAUGUAAUCUGAGAGCUGAUCUCUGGCUAAUAAAAAUGGGUAAAUUAAAUGCACUGGCCUAUGAUCUUACCAUUAAGUUUCAGACAAAAACAUUCACCAGCAGCAAUUUAAGGUAAACGUUUUGAGUAUUUACGCUGCGUUAAAGUGCAAAUUGUGCUGCAGCACAAGCAGGAAGAACAAAAACAUGUCCCUCUCUGGAGAAUAACCUCCGUCAAGAACUGUGGUGAUGAAUCUGAAUGCAGUUGUUAGUGCUUUUUCAGAGCUAGUGAGACAAACGACUCAUGGUCAUACUAAAAUUAAAAUGCAACUGGACAAAAGGACAUAGAUGAUGUCAUGUUCCUUUUCAAAAAAGGCCAAAGAGGGUCUAAAACUUUAAAAACUAAACUAAAACUUUUGAGAUAAUUUUAAAAGUCAUUGAAACUUUUCCCAAAUGAGGAUGAAAAGGCUCAUCCAGUCUUAACUGACGGCUGCCAAUUGUAAUGUAUUAUCAACCACGACAAAGAACGAGCUUAUGACAGCAGUAACAGCUCAUUUUAGAGCAUUGAACAUUUUACUUCCCAUUUACAAGUAAAAUCACAGCUAAUUAUUUUCCUUUUCACCAGCACUCAAUCUUCCCUAACUAUAGAAUUUGGGUUUCGAGCAUAGGGGCUGACGCUCGCCAAAAUUGUCCCUAAUUGUCACACUAACCUUCUGAACUUUUGGCUAUACUCUUUCUGAUUUCACAGCAGUUCACCGUGUUUGAUGUAAGAGUGAAAAAUUAUUUUAUGAAUCUGCUGCUGCCCCCAUCUAAUCCCUCAAGUUUGGACUUUAAGCGCUGGUUUUCUUCGAAUCAUCAGGUUAUGACAAUGUUUUUAGAUUAUAGAGUGUUUUUAAAGUGGACACUUGAAGUAUCUCUUCCAUCACUUGAGCUGUUCAUGUUCUUAUUUCAGCCUUUACUCUCCCUGCUCUACAGUUUCAUCACAUUACAACUUCAGUUUUCUUCCUCAGAGACUUGCUCAGACUUGCUUAUGCUGAAUGGAGAACAUUUGUAAACAGACUGUAACCAGCCAUCCCAAUGUCAUUUUAAAUAGAUUGAAGGGAGAGACUCUCUGCUGAUUCACUCAAUGAUUCCCUUGAAUGCUUUGGUGUGACAGCCUUGUUGGACCAUUAACUCAUCCCAGUCUAGGCGGUCUUUGAUACAGUUGUUGUUUUCACUUUCCUUAAAAGCGUCCCAGAAUCAGCUAGUGAAACACUCUAAAGCAGUGCGAAGCUGCCACCCCGUUGCUUCACAGCGGGGCUUGUGUUAAAUGCUUAAUGAGCUGCAUCUGCUUCCCUGCAGACGUAGCACUUUGAAUUACAACUGAGGAGUUUGAUUCUGUCUUCAUCAGGCCACGAAACCUUUGAUGUACAGUCUUCUAGUCUCUUUGUGCCAACUCCAGGCAUGCUCUCGUCGACUGGCUCCUUAUGGCCAUUCUUCCAUGCAGCACAGAGUUAUGAAGAGCUGCACCGACUGUUGUCCUUCCAGAGAGAUCUGCCUCUUCAGCCAACAGGGCUCUGAUGUUGAUUCUCAGCUGCAGACAGAAUCCGUCUGCUCCUAUAAAGAUGUCCCUUUUAUAAUGAGGGAGCCUGUACUGGACACUAACAUCCCAGACAUCAUAUGAUGCUGUUCUUCAGUUCUAUGCCUCCUGACUAUUCUGACUGAAUCUUACACAGAGUACAUGGCUCUGAACUGCACCGUCAUCUCCUGGACCUGAGAAACUUCCCAUCAUUUGAAGAGACCAGGAUGACAUGAAUCAAGGAGCUGGAUGCAGGUUGAGUGUAAAGCAGCAUCUAAUGGUUAUUCUCGUUAAUGAUUAAUCCACAGAACAUUUGAAAACAAUGAAAAAAAUUAAUUACUGCUUUAAGGAAAUGGUCACAACCUUCCCUUCUGUUCCUGAGUUAGGGUGUUGAAUAAUGGCCAGAAAAAUGUUGCUGCAGAACAUCAUGAUGUCCCAGUGAAGCUGGCCUUUGACUUUUUGGAAAUAAAAUGUCAUCACCUCAUCAUUUUAUCCUAUUAGACAUUUGUGUGAAAUUUUGCCAUAAUUAGCAUAUGAAGUCUUGAGUUAUGGCAGCCAAAAAAAAAAGGUUUGUGAGGCCACAGUGACCUUGACCUUAGACCUUUUACCAUUCUAAUCAGUUCAGCCUUGAGUCCAAGUCGACGUUUGUGCUAAAUUUGAAGAAAUUCCCUGUGGUCAUCCCUGAUAUAUCACGUUCAUGAGAAUGGGACAGAUGAACAGCCUGAAUACAUAAUGCCCAUCACAGUAUUGUGGGCAAGGAGAUCUCAUCAAAUGUCAUGUUGUUUUUUUCAAAUCAAAUUCAUUUACUUUGAUGAAAGUGUAAUGCAGUAAAUGCUAGAAAUAGUGAAUCUUUGGCAUUUUUCUUGAGAAAUUAGCAACUGAUAAUAAGAGCAGUUGCAGAUUUGCUGCCUAAUCGUUGCAGAUGUAGUUGAGUGUCACAGUGAGAGGGGAAAUAGCUAACCCAAAUCACUUACUGUAUAUUUUGUCAUUUUUAAUGUAUGCACACAUCAAGUAUGAGAGGUUACUGUUUUAGACGAUUAACAAAAAAUGUGGUUAUGGCUUUCAAUUUAGGAUCUGAUUAGAGGGGGCAGAUAUGGAUAAAAUCCUAUGUAUGUUAGUAAUUUUAUGCAACAUAGAUAUUUGAGUACUUCAUCACACAAACAUCAUAUAAAAAUCCAGAACUGCCACAAAUCAAAGAAAGCUUGUUGGGAUAGAACAAACCCUACAAUGAUGCAGGCGGGGAACAGGACUCCCAAAAUGGUUUCAAGACAAAUGUGAGGGGUAAUUAAAGAGAAAAAUAAACUUACUUUGUUACUUUGCUUUUCUUCUUGUGAAAGAAGAUUAUAAAAAAUCCCUCAAACAAGUAUACUCUGGUUCAUUUUAAGGCAUCAUAAACUAUAAAAUUUUGGGAAGGCCCAAGAGAUAAAAUAUUUAAGAGAUAACUGCCUGUGUAUAAAUGUUAUGUCAAAAUCUAUGAGAAAGGUAGUUCUGGUAUAUCUCCAAACACUAGCUAUAAAAUAUUGAAGGUAAGAGGCUGAGUACUUUCUACAGGUAAAGUGAGAACAUUAAGCUCAUUAGCACUUGAGACAAAGUUAAUAUAUAGACAGAGACAGUAAGAGCAGUAAUGAGGACUGUGUGAUGACCCAUUCACAGAACAGGAAGUUUGACUCUUUGCUUUUAUGUCUGGGAAAGACAAAGUGCCUUAAUCGGCUGAGGCAUAUUCAACAUCAGACACGUGGCAACAUGUUCGCCACAGUAAUCAUCUCUUUAUACAAACACCUGUGGCCCACUUUACAGUCGUAGCAACUGCAUGAAUGUUCUUGUUUUAAAAAAGAAAACUGAGGAGCAAUUUAGUCACAGGAUUUAGUUUUUUCUUCCUGAUAUUUGGGUUAACAGAAGCAACAG